UGCCCUAAUGGCUCCCGCUCAGUGCGCGGCGCCAGCGCUUGUCUUGUCCCGGCUGCGUCUCUGGGCCCCACGAGCCCCUCCUCACAUGGCAACUAUUGUGGCUACUAGUCCAGGCGGCUUAGCCUCUGGAGGGGGUCCAGGACCCGCUCCAGCUGACCUCUGACUCCCUGGGGCCAACUGAGCCCUGGUCUUCCCUCUCCUCCGAUCUCCCACGCGAAUCGCCGCCAUGAGCUAACUCCCCGCCCCCGGGCAGACCCUGGGGAGCUUUGAUUACCUGGGGUCUUCUGCUUCCUCCCAGAUGUCAGCCCCGCUUCAGGAAUCGACUGAGACUUUGGCUCAGAGUUUGGUUCCAUUCCUGGACACGGAUUCAGCUGGAGAGCUGCCCCGGGGCCAGAGCAGUUCGCUGCUGCACACCGGGAUCUGAAUGGCAAGCUGACUCGGCGCAGAAGUCUCCCAGAGGUGGUUGCAAUGCUAGACUGGGAUCAGAAGCAGGCCCUAACUCGGCCUCUUCGCCUCAAAAGUAAGUUUCUAACUGUAGAUCUAGAUCAGGCUGCAGAUCAUCAGGCAUAUGAAAUACUUGUUCCACCUCCAGAUAGAAAUCAAAAGCAAGGAACUUUACUGUUUCGCCCAAGAACCGGAAGAAAGAUCUAGCUCAGCAUCAAAGGCUUGCCAAGGUUGUUGUUGGAACUCCAUACCGAUUUGUAUCAAAACCUCAGCGUCAGAAACAAACUCUGCAGGAUGGGUAUUUAGAUUCAAGUAUGGAUAUACUGUAUCUGGGUAGCCUGCCUCCAGAACUCCAGGUGAACUCAGAUGAGCCUCCAGGGCCUCCUGAGCAAGUUGGACUUUCUCAGUUCCAUCUAGAGCCUGAAACUCAAAAUCCAGAAACCAUUGAAGAGAUCCACUCCUCUACUCCAGCAAGAAGCUGCAGCGCAGCUUCCACAGCUCCCUGGGGUGGUAGAACCUUCUUCAACCAAAGCUGGAGGCCCCAGCUCUGCCUUCACAGUCCCUUGAGGGGGUCCACUCUUCAACAGAGCAGGAGGCUGCAGCACAGCAGCUACCUGCCUUUGAAGAGAUCCUAGCUCCACCACUGAUACAUCAUGAGGUACAUGUUCCAUUGAAAAGUUGGAGUGAAGUUCAGCACUCACAUUUGCCCAGUGUCACAGUCAAACCUGUGGACAUGGAGCUUACGGUAACUCCAGAGCCAGGUAAGGAACUUACAACAAGCCAGGAACAGGCCCCAGCUCAGCCUCCAGAACACCCCAAAGAGGUGGGCUCUUCCUCAACCCAAUUAUAGGCCCCAGCUCAGACACCAGAGCACCCUAAGGAGAUGAAACCCUUUGCAACCCAGCAAGGGACCCCAGCUGAGCCUCCAGGUCCUCUUGCGGAGCCUGAACUUUCCCUCAGUCAACAGGAGAAGCCUUCUAAGUUUCCCAGGGAGGUUGAACCUUCUGAGACCCAGCAGGAGGUCCCAGCUCAGCCUCCAGGUCCUCUAUGGGGAGUGCAGCUCAAACUCCACCGAAUCAUGAGGUGACAAUUCACCCUCCAGGUGAAGAUCAAGCUCAUUAUAACUUGCCCAAUGUUACAGUGAAAUCUGUGAAUGUGGAGGUUACCAUAACUUCAGAGCCUACCAAGGACACUGAAUCUUCUCCAGCCCAGCAGGAGGCCCCAACCCAGCCUCCAGAGGAGAUGGAAACUUCUGCAACCCAAGAGGAGGCCCCAACUGAGCCUCCAGGUCCCUCCUGUGGAGCCUGAACUUUCCCCACAAGUGAGCAGGAGCAGCCAGAUAAGACUUCUGAGUUUUCCAGGGAGGUUGAACUUCUGAGACCCAGCAGGAGGCCCCAGCUCAGCCUCCAGAACAUCAUGAAGUCACAGUUUCACAUCCAGGUCACCAUCAAGCUCAGCAUUCAGAUAUGCCCAAUGUCACUAUUAAGCCUCCAGAUAUGCAGCUCACCAUAGCAACAGAGCCUACUGCAGAGGUGGGAACUUCUCCAACCCACCAGGAGGCUACAGCUCAGCUCUCAGGGCCAGUUAAUGAUGUAGAACCAUCUGCCACCCAGCACAGGGCCCACUUCUGCCUCCAGAGUCAUCGGAAGAAGCUGGACCUUUACCAGUUCAACAGGAGACGUCAGUCCAAUCUCCAGAACCUAUUAAGGAUGAGAACCCCUCUCCAACCCAGUAGGAGGCUGCAGCUAAGCAUCCACAGACCUCGGAGGAGGUUGAAUCUUCUCCAACCCAGCAAGAGGCCCCAGCUCAGCUUUCAGAGCUCCCUAAUGAACUUGUAGUUCAACCUCCAGACCAUCAUGAGGUAACAGUCUCUCCUCUAAGUCAUGAUCAAGUUCUGCCUCCAACAUUACACAAUGUCACUGUUAAACCUGUGGAUCACAUGGUUACCAUGACUCGAGUUCACUAAUCAGGUUGAAAUUUUAACCCAAUAGGGGGCCCCAGCUCAGUCCUUAAUGUCCCCUGAGCAGUUUCAACAUUUGAAAGACUAGCAAGAGAUUAUAAUUCGGCAGCUAAAUACCCCUGAAAAUGAUGAACUUCCUCCAUCAAGAGCCCACAACUCAGCCUCCAAUUCAGCUCUCCUCUGACUUUGUAAGUUCGUUGAAUGAUGAGAUGGUAUUUUCACCCCUAAAUCUGUCUUCAAUAUUCGGAAGUAAUUCAACUUUACCUAAUACCACAGUUAAAAAUGUGGAUAUGGCGGUUACUAUACCUACAGCAGUCACUAUGGAGGUUGAACCUUCUCCAGUCCAGCAGGACAACCCUUUUAUUCCCACUGAGCAGGCUGACUUUUCUCUAACCCAGCCUGAUCCCCCUUCCUCACCUCUGGAUUCUCCUGAAAGGACUGAAUCUCCAGCCCAGCAAGAGGCCCCAGCUCAGACUCCAGACCCCCCGAAGGAGGUAGAACCUUCUCUGGUCCAGCAGAGUUCCCAGCUGAGCCACCAGAGCCCCCUAAGGAGGUUGAACCAUCUGCAACCCAGCAGGAAGCCUCAGGUCAUCCUCCGAAGUCCACUGAAAAGGAGCAGCAUGAAACCUGGUUUCCAGUAGAAAGGUGCAAAAAGGAAAAAUUGGGAAGCUGCGGUGUACCACAGAGGACCAGCACAGUGUCUUAUAAAGAGGAUCUCUAUUUCUACUAUGUAACACUGUUGGCUUAGAAAUACCAUGUGCUGGGCCAGGCAUGGUGGCUCACACCUAUAAUCUCAGCACUUUGGGAGACCGAGGUGGGUGGAUCACCUGAGAUCGGGAGUUCAAAACCAGCCUAGCUAAUGUGGAGAAACCUUGUCUCCAUUAAAAAUACAAAAUUAGCCAGGCAUGGUGGCACCUGCCUGUAAUCCCAGCUACUCAGGAGGCUGAGGCAGGAGAAUUGCUUGAACCUGGGAGGCGGAGGUUGUGGUGAGCCAAGAUUGUGCCAUUACACUCCAGCCUGGGCAACAAGAGCGAGACUCCAUCUCCAAAAAAAAAAAAAAAAAAAAAAGAGAGAGAGAGAGAAAGAAAAAAAGAAAUACCAUGAGGAAUGUUAGUGAAAAACAAAUGUUAGUGAGGAAUAUUAGCGAAAAAAAGAAAUGCCAUGAGGAAUAUUAGUGAGUGACCUCGCCGUAGGGGAAGGGGAGACCUCUGUUCCUAGAUUACAAGAGCAUUUCCCUGAGCUAUAUCCAUGGUUACUACAGCAUUUCCUGAUUUUGCCUAACGGAUUACUUCUUCCCUAGGCUGUAAAAAUUCCCACACAUUUGACACACAGAGAGAAUAAGAGACAUAACGACCGCUGAUAG